UACCGAAUGAGUACUGCCGGCGGGCUGGAGGCAUUUCGUUGUCAGAGCUGAGCUGAGGCGCGGUUCCUAAUAAAGAGGAAUCUGCUAGACUUCCAGAUUUAAGAAGAGAAAUUGACCUGUUGAGAAACGUGAUACAAAUACUGGGAAAAACCUGCUCUUCUGUACUAAGGGUAGGACAAUGUCACACAUUAAAAACUCUUACUCCUUUGAUGCACCCUCGGACUUCAUUAAUUUUACAUCCUUGGAUUAUGAAGAAGAUACAGAAAACAUAGAUUCAUGGUUUGAAGAGAAGGCCAAUUUGGAGAAUAAGUUUCCUGGGAAAAAUGGGACAGGAGAGCUUUUUCAGAGCAAAACUUCCCUGAGAAAAGCAAAUCUUCAGCAAGCUAGUCUCACACCUUUGCAACCAGUUGAGAACACUUACUACAAAGAGGCAGAAAACACAAAUCUUACAGAAUAUUCGAAUUUGUUGAGUGCUGGUUGCACCCUGGAAGUUGAGGGCACCAAAUCAAGAAACACUCCAGCCCAGCCUCAGAGGCGAUCUCUUAGACUUUCUGCUCAGAAAGAUUUGAAGAAAGAAAAACAUGUUCCCAUGAAAGCAAAGAGAUGUACCACUUCUGUAAUCAGUGAAACUCCACCAUCCAAAAAAAUGAAAAUUUCUCAAAACAGCAAGAAACCAGGGGAAGAAGAGGGCACUACUCAAGGUACUUUGAAAAAGAGUACGUGUUCUCCAGAGAAAGCCAAGGGCAGACGUACUGUGCCUCAUGUACCAACUAUAAAGCAAAAGAUUCUUAAAAGUACUGAGGAGCAGGAGUUGGAGAAGAGCCUGAAAAUGCAGCAAGAAGUGAUAGAAAUGAGGAAAAAGAAUGAAGAGUUCAAGAAACUUGCUCUUGCAGGAGCAGGGCAACCAGUGAAGAAAUCAGUGAGCCAGGUAACCAAAGCAAUUGACUUUCACUUCUGCACAGAUGAGCGAAUCAAACAACAUCCUAAGAACCAGGAGGAGUAUAAGGAAGUGAACUUUACAGCUGAACUGCGAAAGCAUCCUCCAUCUCCCGCUCAAGUUAAGGGCUGUACUGUUAUUAAGCCUUUCAACUUGUCCCAAGGAAGGAAGAGAACUUUUGAAGAGGCUUCGUCUGCAUAUGUGCCUCUGGCGCAGCAGGUGGAAGCGUUUCACAAAAGAACCCCUAACAGAUACCAUUUGAGGAGCAAGAAGGAAGAUUCUAGCCUGGUACCCUCCAGAUCUUCUGUGACCAAGAUGUCCACAAAGCCACGGACUCCUCUACUGCAAACCAAGCACCGAGCAAGGCCUGUGACCUGCAAAAGCACAGCAGAACAGGAGGCUGAAGAGCUUGAGAAGCUGCAGCAAUACAAAUUCAAAGCUCGAGAAGUAGAUCCCAGAAUUCUUGAGGGUGGGCCUGUCUUGCUGAAGAGACCGCCUGUGAAACCACCCACUCAGCCUAUUGGCUUUGAUUUGGAAAUUGAGAAAAGAAUCCAGGAUCGAGAGUCAAAGAAGAAAUCAGACGAUGAGCACUUUGAAUUUCAUUCCAGACCUUGCCCUACUAAGAUCUUGGAAGACGUUGUGGGUGUUCCUGAAAAGAAGGUCCUUCCAGUCACUGUCCCCAAGUCUCCAGCCUUUGCACUGAAGAACAGAAUCCGACUACCCAGCAAAGAAGAUGAGGAAGAGGAUGAGCCAGCAGUGCUAAGAGCUCAGCCUGUGCCACAUUAUGGGGUGCCUUUUAAGCCCCAUAUUCCGGAGGCAAGAACUGUAGAAAUAUGCCCUUUCUCCUUUGAUUCUCGGGACAAAGAACGCCAAUUACAGAAGAAGAAGAAAAUAAAAGAAUUGCAGAAAGGGGAGGUACCCAAGUUUAAGGCACUUCCCUUACCUCAUUUUGAUAGCAUUAACCUGCCAGAGAAGAAGAUAAAGAACGUGACCCAAAUUGAGCCGUUUGACUUGGAGACUGACAAAAGAGGUGCUAAGAAGGCUCAGACGUGGAAGUACCAGCAGAAAGAAGCAGCUUGCUUCAAGGCUCGUCCAAACACGGUCACUUCCCAGGAGCCCUUUGUUCCCAAGAAAGAGAAAAAAUCAGUUGCUGAGGGCCUUUCUGGUUCUCUAGUUCAGGAGCCUUUGCAGUUGGCCACUGAGAAGAGAGCCAAGGAGCGACAGGAGCUGGAGAAGAGAAUGGCAGAGGUGGAAGCCCAGAAAGCCCAGCAGCUGGAGGAGGCCAGGAAGCAGGAAGAGGAACAGAAGAAGGAGGAGCUGGCCAGACUGCGGAAGGAGCUGGUGCACAAGGCAAAUCCAAUACGCAAAUACCAGUCUGUGGAGAUAAAGUCAAGUGACCAGCCUCUGACUGUGCCUGUCUCUCCCAAGUUCUCGACCCGAUUCCACUGCUGAGCUAAGCUGCGAGCUGCUUGUUACUUUACACCAGGCACGGAGGGAACUCAUUUCUGCAGACUUACUGACCCAUGCCUUGGCGCAUUCUGACCGCUGUGGGGCCAGUUCUGUGGAGAAGUGUUUCCAUACAUUUUAAGGCUAAAGUGAGACUUACUAAA